CUCUGUAAGUCUGCUGACGUCAUGCUCUGGUCUUUGGGAAGAGUGACGGCAGGGGACAAAACUUUCACAUAACGUUACCGGCGACUUUUUAAUUCGCCCGUCUUCAUUCAGUAAGAUCUGUCAGUGUUCUGAGGAGUGAAAACUACCUUUGUUAUCAUUCACAAUAGUGUUAGUUUUGUUUGACGAGAACGCAUCUCCUGGCUUUAACGCGUUUUCUGUUUGAAGUGCGGUGAUUUGGGAUAGCCACAAGUGAAAUGGACGCAUGCGGAUCACGUUUAUGUGUGUGAGUGUAUGACAAACAACUUUUCAGCGCAGGGAAGAAAAACGAAGAAUGAACUUUCUGCUCGUUUUUGACGCGUUUGUUGUAUUUGGGUUUUGUGCGUGCGAAUUCCAGUGAACGGAAAAACUUCCACCCAACUUUUCCUGCUGUUGGUCGUCGUGUGAUCCAGCAGGUGGGGAAACACGAGCCGCUCUUUCAUCAGGGAAAAGAACACAGGAAACGGAUUUAAAAUAAACCAGUUUUCUUCUGAAACUCCCACUGGAUUUAAUUUUACGAAUUGGUGACUGGAAUAACCAACUAUCCAGAACUAGUGCUGAGUAGAUUGACCAGUACUCAUCAUGGCGUCUUCCUCGGUGAAGGUGGCGGUCCGUGUGCGGCCUUUCAACAGCCGAGAGAUAAACCGAGGAGCUAAGUGUGUGAUCCAGAUGCAGGACAAGAGCACAUGUAUUAUUAAUUCUAAACAACCCAAGGAAGCACCCAAGAACUUCACUUUUGACUAUUCAUACUGGUCACACAGCUCAGAGGAAGACCCAUCCUUUGCAUCUCAGAGGAAGGUGUAUCAGGACAUUGGCGAGGAGAUGCUGCUUCAUGCUUUCGAGGGCUAUAAUGUGUGUAUUUUUGCUUAUGGGCAGACUGGAGCAGGGAAGUCAUACACAAUGAUGGGAAAACAGGAUCCUGGGCAGCAAGGCAUCAUACCACAAAUGUGUGAGGAUUUGUUCAGACAGACAGCAGAAAACACUGACCCUGACCUGUCCUUCUCUGUAGAGGUUUCAUAUAUGGAGAUUUAUUGUGAGCGAGUUCGGGACUUGUUGAACCCAAAAAGCAGAGGGGCCUUGAGGGUCAGAGAGCACCCUAUAAUGGGCCCUUAUGUAGAAGACCUCUCCAAAAUGGCGGUUACCAACUACAGUGAUAUUGCAGAUCUCAUGGACACUGGCAACAAAGCCAGGACGGUUGCUGCUACUAAUAUGAACGAGACCAGCAGUCGCUCACAUGCUGUCUUCACCAUCCUCUUCACACAGCGUCGACAUGAUAACAUGACUAGCCUGGACACUGAGAAGGUGAGCAAGAUCAGCCUGGUUGAUCUGGCAGGAAGUGAGAGAGCAGACUCAUCUGGAGCCAAAGGCAUGAGGUUGAAGGAGGGAGCCAAUAUUAACAAGUCUCUGACAACACUGGGUAAAGUUAUCUCAGCACUGGCAGAUAUGCACGGCUCAAAGAAGAGACGCUCUGAUUUCAUUCCCUACAGGGAUUCUGUCCUCACAUGGCUAUUGAGAGAAAAUCUAGGUGGAAACUCUCGUACGGCCAUGAUUGCUGCUCUGAGCCCAGCAGAUAUUAAUUAUGAAGAAACACUCAGUACUCUCAGGUAUGCAGACAGAGCUAAGCAGAUAAAGUGUAAUGCUGUCAUUAAUGAGGAUCCAAACGCACGUCUCGUCAGGGAGCUGAAAGAAGAGGUCAACAGACUCAAAGAGCUCCUCCUGUCUCAGGGACUCAGCAACCUCAUCACUGCCUCAGGGUCUGAAGCAGGACGCCCGGCUUUGGGAGGAGCAUCAGGUGAGCUCCAUCAGCCCUCGCUCUCAUAUGUACAGUCUACCUCUGAUGCACCAAUGGAGGGUGUGGCGCCCACUAGUCCCACUACACACAUCAGCAAAGAGGAGGCCGCGGAGAGACUCAAGGAAACAGAGAAGAUAAUUGCAGAGUUGAAUGAAACAUGGGAGGAGAAGCUCAGGAAAACAGAGUCAAUACGACAAGACAGGGAGGCUCUGCUGGCUGAGAUGGGUGUGUCUGUAAAAGAAGAUGGAGGAACAGUGGGUGUCUUCUCUCCCAAAAGAACGCCCCAUCUGGUGAAUCUGAACGAGGAUCCUCUGAUGUCAGAGUGUCUGAUAUAUUAUAUUAAAGAUGGAGUCACCAGGGUUGGUCAGGAGGAUGUGGAUAUUCGUCUUACCGGUCAGUUUAUAAAGGAACUGCAUUGCGUCUUUUGCAGUGAAGUCAAUGAGAAUAAUGAAGUGGUGGUGACUUUGGAGCCAUUAGUUGGCGCAGAAACGUACGUCAAUGGAAAACGAAUCACUGAUGGUGUUGUGCUCAAACAAGGUAACCGUAUAGUGAUGGGGAAGAACCAUGUAUUCAGGUUUAACCACCCAGAGCAGGCCCGCUUAGAGAGAGAGCGCAAUGCCACACAGGAGCAGCAGGGGGAGCCGGUGGACUGGAGCUACGCACAGAAAGAACUGCUGGAGAAACAAGGCAUUGACAUAAAGCAGGAGAUGGAGAAGAGACUGCAGGAUCUGGAGAAUCAGUACCGCAAAGAGAAGGAGGAGGCCGACCAGAUAUUGGAACAGCAGAGACUGUAUGCAGACUCAGACAGCGGUGAUGACUCAGAUAAACGGUCCUGUGAGGAGAGCUGGAGACUCAUCUCUUCUCUCAGAGAGAAAUUGCCAGCCAACAAGAUGCAGUCUAUCGUGAAAAAGUGUGGUUUGCCCAGCAGUGGGAAGAGGAGGGAGCCACUGCGUGUGUAUCAGAUCCCCCAGCGCCGCCGCAUACCUGCCACCCAGGAGUCCAAGCACAGACUCAGCUUGGAAGAGCUUCGCACACAGGCUGUUAAAGAGAUCUGCUAUGAGGUGGCACUUGGAGACUUUAGACACACACGGCAAGAGAUUGAGGCCUUGGCUAUUGUCAGGAUGAAGGAGCUUUGUCGCACAUAUGGCCAAAAAGAUCCUCAGGAGAGAGAAAGCUGGAAAAGUGUGGCGAAGGACGUAUGUGAGACUGUGGGCAUCGGAGAAGAGGAGGGAGACCGGGAGGAAAGAACAACAGCAGCUGGAGGAGGAGGGAAUGAGGGAGGAAAGACCGAUAUGGGAGAGCUCAAAGCUCAUAUUGACAAGCUGACUGAUAUACUGCAGGAAGUCAAGUUGCAGAAUAAUAUGAAGGAUGAGGAGAUCCGAUCACUAAGGGAUCGCAUGGUGAAGAUGGAGAAGAUAUUCCCAGUCGAAGUUCAGGGAGACGGUGAUAACAUUGAGUUGGAUGGGGCCAGAGGCGACAGCCCACCAGCAGAAGUCAACAGACGCGAUGAGGAUUCUGGGUACCGACGGGGUCGUCAUCGCUGGCAGUACCCAGACAAAUACCAUGACCCUAAACGUCGCAAAGGAGCCAGCAAUCAGCCAAACAAUGCCCUCUACUCAGAGUCUCCCUCGGGACACUCUCAGAACAACCCAUUCAGUAUGGCAUCGCCUCAAUUCUCAAAUCCAUCUUUCAUUUCUCAAAUCCCUCGCAACCCCAAUGGUCCUUUCUUGCCAGGCACUGGGCGGUUCUUGCCGCCUCAAGAGAGGAAGCUACAGUUCCCCUUUAAGAAUAAUCCCCAAAACCGAGGCUUCAUCUGGGGCCCGUCAUCAGGGGGUGAAGGUGGAAAGGACACAUCCGCUCAGUCCAAUACUGAUAUGGUUCAUACUUUCCAAUCAUCUCCCUCACCAAACAAGGGCCAGUGGCCAAACAAUCAUCACCAACAGCGGCACAAUCACGGUAACAGAGGCUACGGCAACUGGGGAAACAGGCAACGAUCCAGAAACAGGGGGCGGAAUCCAUUUGAUGGAUAUUUAACCAACGAACAGGCCGGAAAUAUUGAGCGUAAAGACGGUGGAUCGGUUCAAGGGCAGCACAAGCAAAGUAGAGCGCGUUACACCUGGUACAAUCCCAAUUUUACUUCAGACCAGCCUGUUGGAGAAGGAUUCCAACAUAAUUACAACCAAAGCAGACAAGGUGUCUACAAACACCCCAACUCUCACUACCAUCAACGGCAAAGACAGGACAACCCUCCUGGGAUGAUCCAACAAGGGUCUGAAGGAAAUCCUAAUCCACCAUCCAUCCCAGAUUGCAAUAGCACCCCCAUGGAGACCUGAUUUCUUCUGUGGAGAUGGUCAUGUACAUGGGAGCCAUAACGUUCUGAUUUUCUUGUGCACAGUUCUUGGACCGGACUCCUAGAAACUUUGGACCCUCAGAUAUAUAUGGUGUUUUGGUUUGUUGUGGAAGGGUUUUUUGUGCUGGGAGCUUUCAGCAGUUGAGAACAGUUUUUAAGAGAAACUCCUUAGUGCUAUAACACCAUUCUGUUCAAAAUAAGGCAGAACAUUUUAUGCACCUGAAUUUUAAUGUACAUAUUGCAGUUUCAUACCUGCACCUACAGUGCUUUAUGGGUGAUGUUUUUAUGUCCACACAUAUCUAUGUCAUUCAGAUGUGUGUAUAUAUAUAUAUAGUAGUAUAAAUUGAAAGGGUAUGUAUUUGCAAGAGAACUGAGCUCCUUUUAAUGCACAGUGCACUGCUACGUUGACGUUAUGGCCUGAGAAGUGUAUGGCCUAUGAAACUAUUUAGCGAUUUUUGUUGAAUUUUGGAUGACUUUACAUUGUGCCUGCUGAAAAGCCAAAGAAUUUAGAUUUAGUAGCCCUCAGGCUUAUAACUGCUUUGGAUGCAAUUUUUAUAGUUGACAUUUUUCUCCUUUUUUUUUUUUUUUUAUCUUGCCAAUAAUGUUCUUUUAUUCCUGCGUCCUGAGGGGCAUGUUUCAUAAAUUGAAAUGUUUAGGCUUAAAAAAAAGAAAUGAGAUACAUAAUCCUAAAAAAACAUUCACAAAGGGACAAAUAGAUAUAAUAAUAUACAACAAAGGGAUGGAUAGUGCACUCAAAAAAUUAAAUUACCCCAUGAUUUACUCAAGCCAUCCUAUGUGUGUAUGACUUUCUUCUUUCAGACAGAUACAUUCUGAGUUAUACUAAAAAUUGUCCUGGCUCUUCCAAGCUAAACGUCUGCAUUCCUGCAACACUCCAUAGGUUUCUUGGGUAUGCGAGGCUAAAUUAAUGAAUAUAACGUGGUAGCGGUCAGUAACUCUGGUGUAAUUUGAACGGAAGCAGGCGGUCUAUCAAUAUCCUAUGCUGUCAACAGCAAAAUGUUAAAUGAAUUUUGUAUUUUGUCAAGACGAAUAAAAAUAAGUAUGCUAGGCUACAAUUUUUGUACAACCUACAUUUAAUUUUUUUUUCUCUCUGCGACAUUUUCCUAUUGUGUUGACAGCAAAAUGUUAAACAAAUUAUAUCUUGAUAAGACGAAUAAAAAUAAGACAUAAUUUUUGUACAACCUACAUUUUUAACAUGUUAAAUGAAUUUUGUGUCUUGACGAGACAAAAUAAAUAACAAAUACAAUUUUGUGCAGACUGCACUUUUGUUAGCCUAUCUCUUUAACAUCCUGGGGUUGAUGGUGGGGCUGGCGAUUUUAAUGAUAACAGGGAAAAGAACUUAAAUGAAAACUUAAAAGAAAAUCAGGAUGUUAAAAUGCUCCAUCAUUUUUGAUCGUACAUAUAAGAGUAAUACAUAAAUUAAGUAGCAGAAAUUUAAAUGUGAGAUUCUGGAAAUGAGAUCUAAAUAGCAGGAAUGAUCGGGUCAUGAAGAAAAUUAUUCUAAGCGGGCAACGGGUGAACAAACAGUUAAUAUAUAGCGGGAGUGGGAGGGUGUGGAAUAUAAACUUGCUGAAGUGGGACUAAAAAAAACACUUUCGCACAGACCUCUGUUCCAAUCUUUAUAAUGGCAGUGAAUUGUGAUCAAGUUUGUGAAGCAAAAUAAAGAGCGUAAAUCCAUCAUUAAGGUGCUCCAGAUGGCUCUGGGUGGUUAAUAAAGGCCUUCUAGAGUGAAUUGAUGCAUCUGUGUAAGAAAAAUUUCCAUAUUUAAAACUGUAUGAACUGUAAUCUCUAGCUUCUCCUAACUGUCAUAUGCAUGUUCACUAGAGUGGUGUUCCAGCGGAUGACGAAACGUAAGCUCCGUUGAGAAUAUGCUAGUCUUGUGAGAACCAAGUUUUGUUUACAGCAAAUGAAAACCAGUCUCCUCUUGGCUUAUAUCACAAUCCUCAAAUGUUUUCACUACAGUACAUCCAUCAUCUGUGCGUACAACAGUUAGUGGAAACUAGAGAUUACAGUUUAUAAAGUUUAAAAUAUGGAUAUUCAUGUCAGAAGGUCUUUAUUGUGGAGUAUUUUUUAUACGAAUGGAUGCAGUUUUUUGGUCUUCAAAAUCUUAAACCCCUUUCACUGCCAUUAUAAAGCUUGGAAGAGCCAGGACAUUUUAGAAUAUAACUCCGACUGUAUUCAUCUGAAAGAAGAAAAUCAUAUACACCUAGGAUGGCUUGAGGGUGAGUAAAUCAUGGGGUCAUUUUCAUUUUUUGGGUGAACUAUCCCUUUAAGUGCGAACAGUCUGGGUCCCAAUCUACAAACAGUCUUUUACGUUACCUUGUCCUAAUUGGGCACAACACAAUAAAGAGACAAUGAUUCUGUCUCCUAUGUCAAGGUGCAGUCACACUGAAAAUAUUUUGCAAUAAAAAAGCGACAUAAAUGAAAGAGGCUGUUGGCAAUGCAAACAAAUGCAAAAAAAAAAUUUAAAUCCCGCUCCAAAUAGCUGUAUACUAAAAACUGAAUGAACUGAUUUGCUAUUGCUUCAUUUAUCAUUUCGCUUCAUUUGUUGUUCGAUUAUUUUUGGCCAGAAUAAGCAACAAAGUGGAGCUGCAAAAGUCUGGCUCUGUGACAUCACCCAAUCCUGCUCCGCUAUAGACCCCAGUCAUGGCCAUAUAAUAAUGUUUUGCAGGAAUGAAAAUGAGGCUGUGAGGGAAGUACAGGAUUGUACUGUUUAACAGCAUUCCCUUAGUUCAGCUGCGACAAAACAUCUUUCCAAAGACUUUUAAUACUAUUUUAGUUUUGAGUUUUGAAAGUGUCCUGAUCUAGGACUUUUGUACAAUGCGUUUGAAGACUGUAAGUCUGUCCCUCACAUCUUCUUUGUCGUCCACGUUACAUUUAUUAUGGUGUCUGUCCUGACUAAGGUCUACUAUUAGACAGUUUUUGAUUGCAGAAUAAAUCAUGGUUGACAGCUGUUGAAUUUUUGUGCCACAUUUCAAUUAAUUCUAGACAAUUAUGACGUCUUGCUGUAUUCUUGUGUUGCACCUGGUUAGGAUGUGCUGUUAUUUCCAUUUUGACCACUUGUAAGUUCACAACUGAUCUACAGUUGGAAAAAUAAAAAGAAAAAUUACCUUAACUGCCCCAGUUGUUAUUUAGUUGUGUAUUGUGUAUAAUUUCCAAGUGUCUUAAGGUUUGCAUUUGAUCCAACCAAAUAUACUAAAAUAAAAGUUAAAUUCUCCAUCUUCUUUGGAA